UCAUCAUCGUCGUCAAGCAAUGGUUAUUAUGAGCUACUUCCACAAGACGUCAUUGUUAGUGAAGAAAUGGGAAGCCGUGCGGUGUGUAUACAACGUGUGGCACCACCGUGCUUUGAAGCAUCGCAAGUGAAGAAGAUCAAAACAGUUAGUCCCUCUUUUGUGAAUACUAGGAGUAAGAGAAGAAGAAGCAAUGGCGUGAGAUGUAGUAGCAUAGUUGACUACAUCGGAGGUGACCUGGUGAAGCCGGACAUUGGUCGUUGGCUUCAAGACGUUGAAGAGCACAAGGCAAUCGCCAUUUACACUCCUCAUGAGGGUGGCUACGAAGGUCGCUAUCUUAACCGUCUCAAAAUGCAAGGCUACUACUUUCUUGACAUCUCUGCUCGGGGCCUUGGUGACCCUGAGACUACCCUCCUCAAGAACUACCCUGUUUGUCCUGCUCACCUUGGGAAACAACCAAUAGCAAGGUGGUAUUAUCCACCAGAAGUUGAUUACAGGCUCUCUGCUCUUCCCCCUAGUGCCAAGGGUCUUGUCGUAUGGGUCCUCGAAGCAAAGGUUCUCUCCAAGGCUGAACUCCAAUUUCUCGCUUUGCUUCCCUCUCUCCGUCCUAAUGUCAGAGUUAUUGCUGAAUGUGGCAACUGGAGAAAGUUUGUGUGGAGGCCUCUAGCAGAAAUUGCAAAUCUACCUGCACAAGAAUAACUUACUGGCACCAAUGGAGCUUAGUGUGUAUAGUUUUUCAUGAAUACAUAUCCUGCAAGUGUAGCAAACUCAUCACGUUUUAAAAUAUGAAAAUUGUGCUUGGUACUUUGUAAUAUAUAGAACCUUUUGAUUCCCGUGGUGUAGUUGUGGAAAAUUUCUGA